AUGGUAAUAGCAUAUUCCUUUGGCAUGACAAUGGGCUGCUUGCUAGAUACGUAUGGGCAUAGAGUGAUGUAUGAUGCUGGUUCUUCCAUAGGACCUAAACUCUCCACCAUUAUUAGUAGAGGUGAUUGGUUUUGGCCCCAUGCCAAAUCAAAUGCCAUUGUUGAGAUCCAAAGUAGGUUGUAUGAAGUUGAGAUUGGUGAGGUUGACCAACAGGUUUGGGAUUCUAAAAGUGGGAAGUUCUCAAGUGUUGAUACCUGGGAAAAGCUUAGAGACAAUAAAUCGGAGGUGAAAUGGUAUGAUAUUGUUUGGUUUUUGACUGCUAUUCCUAAGUAUGCAUUUUUUCUCUGGCUUGCUUUUAGGGAUAUCAUUGUCACUUGGGAGCAUAUGUGUCGAUGGGGUAGUGGAGACAGUUUAUAUCUCUUUUGUCGUUCUUGUCAAGAGGAUAGAGCCCAUCUAUUUUUUGAGUGUAAUUUGAAUAGGAGAGUUUGGAGGGCUUUGAUGGCAGGUUGUGGGAUAAUUGAUCAUCCUUUAACCUGGAAUCUUGUUGCUCUUUGGAGUUUGCAGUAUAUGAAAGGGAGGAGUGUGAAAGCUACUACCAUAAAAUUGUGCUUUGCUGCAAUAACAUACAAUCUGUGGCUUCAUAGAAACGCGUUGCUCCAUGGCCGGCCUCCCAAGUUUGAAGAAAGCUUGUUGUCCUAUAUUAGAUGA